AUGGAAUCAGUCGAGAACGUCCUCUAUGUUGCAGAUUCAUAUAAGGUGACACAUCAUAAUCAGUAUCCAGAAGGUACCACACAUGUUUACAGUUAUUUUGAAAGUCGUGGUGGCAAGUUUUCGGAAGUCUGCUUCUUUGGCCUUCAGUAUAUUAUAAAACGGUGGCUUGUUGGUCCAGUGGUUACGAAGGCAAUGAUUGAACAAGCGAAGCAAUUUUAUAAAUCGCACUUUGGUGGACUUGAUAUUUUCAAUGAGGAAGGCUGGAAUCAUAUUGCUGAAGUUCAUAAAGGCCAUCUCCCGUUAAAGAUCAAAGCAGUACCGGAGGGUACGGUGGUACCCGUUAAAAAUGUGCUUUUCACUGUUGAAAAUACCGAUCCUUGUGUGCCAUGGCUAACAAACUGGUUUGAGACAUUGCUGGUUCAAGUGUGGUAUCCGAUGACAGUUUGUACGAAUUCAAGGGCCCAAAAGCUCAUCAUUGCACAGUAUUUGCAUGAAACGGCCGAUUCUAUAGAUGGAAUUCAUUAUAAGCUCCAUGAUUUCGGAUAUCGUGGCGCAUCUUCUGUUGAGAGUGCAUCGAUUGGUGGAGCUGCACAUCUGGUGAAUUUCUAUGGUACAGAUACCAUAGCUGGCUUGCAGUUAUGUAGAAAAUAUUAUGGAGCAGAAAUGGCUGGCUUUUCCAUUCCCGCUGCAGAACACAGUACAAUUACUACGUGGAAGAAAUCAGGUGAAUCGGCAGCAUAUUUGAACAUGUUGGAACAGUUCCCAGAUGGUUCCGUUUCCGUAGUUAGUGAUUCUUAUGAUGUCUUUCACGCUGUUUCCAAUAUUUGGGGUGAUGAAUUACGCCAGUAUGUGAUCGAUCGAGCCAAUAAAGGAUGCGUUGUCAUCAGGCCUGAUAGUGGUGAUCCCAGCCAAGUUUUGAAUUUAUUGGCAGAAAAGUUUCCCAUUGUAACUAAUUCGAAAGGCUAUCGACUUUUACCAUCUUAUUUGAGAGUUAUGCAGGGUGAUGGUAUAUGUUAUGAAUCUAUUGGGAAAAUCCUAGAUGCUGUGACUCGUAAUAAGUGGAGUGCAGAUAAUAUCGUUUUUGGUACAGGAGGAGCUUUAUUACAAAAGUUAGAUCGUGACACUCAGAAAUGCGCGUUCAAAUGCUCGCAUGUUGUUAUCAAGGGUGAAAGUCGAGACGUUUGGAAGAGUCCUACGACAGAUGCUGGAAAGCAGUCAAAACAAGGAAGAUUAACUCUAGAAAGGAGAGAGGAUGGUAGUCUUAUUACAGUCGAAAAAGGACAAGGGGAUGCUACCAAAGACAUAUUGGUAACAGUGUUUGAAAACGGAAGGCUGCUUGUUGAUUAUAGUUUGGAAGAGAUUAGGGAUCGAGCUGAACUUGAUAUUGUUAAAGAGCAUAAACGAAACGUUGUUAAUAAUGAAGCAACAGUGAGAACUAUAAAUAAUGGGUCGUGGGUAGCUGCUGAUGGUAACUUCGUUUCCUGA